AUGGAAAGUAAUGAAACCAAUAGAAAAGUUGAGAAUUCCAAGAACACAACAAAUUCACUCGAUACUAAUGAUGAUAUAAACAAAAUAAAUUCAUUGAAAUCAAAAUGUAUACGCAACGAAAUUGUACCAUAUUACACAAAAGAUGAAUCUUCAGCGAUUGAAAGAGUGAAAUUUGAAGGCUUAGAGGAUACGGACAGCAUAUUCUCUAACGAUAUAUUUGAAAAAAAACUACCCCCCAUACCCGACGGUGGUUGGGGAUGGGUCGUUGUCGUGGCCGCGUUUCUUGUGUCUGCUUGCGCCGAUGGCUUGGCGUUUUCCUUUGGUCUUCUACACGAAGAAUUUACUGCAUAUUUUGAAACGACACAGUCGAAGACAUCUUUAAUAGGAAGCUUAUUUAUUGCGACACCAUUAUUAGCAGGACCGAUUAUGAGUGCGUUAGUUGAUAGAUAUGGUUGCAGAACUAUGACCAUGGUUGCUGGUCUUUUAUCAACCAUUGGAUUUUUAUUGGCUUCUAUUAGCAAUUCUGUAGAAAUGUUAUGCCUGACGUUUGGAUUCUUAAGUGGAUUGGCAAUGGGUAUAUUAUACGUAACAACUGUUGUGUCCGUUGCAUUUUGGUUCGAUAAGAAAAGAAAUUUAGCUGUGUCUCUAGCAUCUUGUGGAAUUGGUUUCGGAACUUUAGUUUACUCUCCACUCACACAUUACUUGCUAGAAGUUUACGAUUGGAGGAACACUGUAGUUCUGCUAGCUGGAACUUUGCUUAAUAUGUGCGUAUGUGGUGCAUUGAUGAGAGAUCCAGAAUGGCUGACAAUAAAGCAAGAAAGAGAAAGAAGGCUACUGAAAUCUAGAUUUAGACGGUCAUCCAGUGUUGGUUCUAUGUCGACUAGAUCUAUUGAAGGAGAAUCAAUACUUUUAAGCGCAGAUGAGUUUAAAGCUUUGUUAAAGAGUGGCAAAAGUCCUGAUUAUAUACUCGCGACACUUACAACUAGUAUCGCAGAGCAAAAGCAACUUGAGGCGACUACACAGAUGAACGCUGAUCAGGCGUACAAGAGAAUACAUUCUGAUAUUCAUUUACCAACUUUUAUAACGCAAAAUGAGAAAGUUCCAGUUGAAGUUAUAGAGAAAUUAAUGAGCAAUAAGAGAUUGUAUACCGUAAUACUGCAAAAUUUUCCUGAUUUUAUAACAAGAAGGCGUUCAGAAGUCAACAUUAACGUCGAAGAAUCAGCAGUAAAUAUUAAAAAUGAACCCGCAAAACUACCAAUAACAGUGACGGUUAAAAUUCCUAAAACCACAGGAUCAGAAAUGUCAAAUAAAUCUGAUAGGAAAACUAAGGAACAGAUUAUUAGUCCAGAUAAUACCAAUAAAGAUACAAAAUCAGUUACGAAAGUAGAUCCGAAUUUAGAUAAAAAAAUUAAAAAUUCUAAAAUGUCAUAUCAGCAGACUAAUUGGCUCUCAAGACAAAUCUCUACUGAUCAUCAGUAUCUUAGAGAUAUGCCUUUGUACAGAAAUACUAUUAUGCAUAGAGGAGCCAUGAUGAACAUACCUAGGUAUAAAUUAAGGGCAUCCUCUUUGCCGGAUAUCUACAGAAAUUCCAUGUGGUCUCUUGGUUCGGAAUCCGAUGUUGAAAUGAAAUGGUAUCACCGGUUAUGGCAGACGGCAAAAUCAACAUUUGACUUCAGGAUGUUCACCGAAUUCCACUUCUUAAUGUUCAAUCUCUCUUCCCUCAUUCUGUCCGUGUGGUUCAUCGUUCCAUACUUCUUUCUCAAAUCAUACAUGACCGCUCAGAACGUUGAGGGUGGAGCAAUGAUGAUCAGUAUCAUUGGUGUUGCCAGCAGCAUUGGAAUUGUAGCUUUAGGCUGGGCAGGCGACCAGCCCUGGAUAAACGUGACCAAAACAUAUACAGUUUGUUUGAUUAUAUGCGGCCUCUCUGUCGCCACGUAUCCCCUCUUCAUCACGAAUUACUGGGUCUUGACCAUCAUCUCUGCGAUCUUCGGCCUUUCUUUUGCAAGCUCAUACUCCUAUACACCAGCGAUCCUAAUGGAACUGAUGCCCAUUGACCAUUUCACCGUGGCAUAUGGACUGAUACUGUUGAGUCAGGGGAUUGGACAUUUAAUUGGACCUCCUAUUGGUGGUAUGCUGUAUGAUUUAACCGGCACUUGGGACCUGACGUUUUACGCAGCUGGUUUGUGGCUCAUUAUUUCGGGUCUAUGUGUUGGUGUUAUUCCGUACACGAAAGACAUGCGUAUGUGUGGAACUGCUCCGCUCUUGAAGGAGAUGGAAGAGCAAAAGAAAUCGCCCACGGACGUUUGA